AUGGCUCCGACGGUAUUAACCGGCCGUACCUACUCUACACACAAAGAGUACUCUGUCGAUGUCUUUGGUGGAGAGACGCUAAUGGUCACCGUAACUCCGGAUUUUAACGUCAUCAGCCAAUGGAUCAAUGACGUCGUCCGCAACAACUGUGGUCCGUACCGUCAACCUCUUGUCGUUGGAGUCGGCGUCCAGUGGACACCUCCGGCUUUUUACGUCGCCAACCCUUUGCCGAGUAAUUACUACGCCGCCGAUCCUUCGCCUGGUGAUUACGUCUCCAAUACUAAUCAGCGUGGCGAGCUCCUCUCUGAUCCUCCAGCGGAUAGUCUCCAGUUAUGCGUUGGUAACCAAUGCCUUAUCAUCCAGUUACGUUACUGUGACCAAGUCCCUAACAGUCUCGGCAGUUUCUUGACGGAUCCGAAAACAACGUUCGUCGGCGUCUGGAACAGUCAAGAUGCAGGAAAACUGGCGAGGUGUAGUCAUCGGUUGGAGAUUGGGAAACUUCUUGACGUAAGACCAUCAUUAGUGGAGCAUCACGUGAAUGAUUCGUGGGGAAGGAGCAUGAGGGGCUCUUCGUUUGAAAAGAUUGUUGAGGAAUGUAUGGGUUAUCGAGGAGUGAGGCUUGAUCCGGAGAUAAGCAGGAGUGAUUGGACUGUUUACAACUUAGGACGUUUACAGGUACUUCAUGCGUCACUAGAUACUCACUUUUGCUACCGGCUCGGUGUUGGUGCUCGUCUAUGGCAAGUUUGA